CAUGCCUGUUCCGAUUCCGAAACCGAGACCCGGAGGACGAGUUUGCAAAACAAAACUUGAUCUUGGUUUCGUCAUUGAUGGCUCCGGAAGCGUAGGACCCUCGAACUUCAGACGCUGCCUCCAAUUUAUCCAGAACAUGAUUCGUACUUUUGUCAUAUCACGUGGCUACACGCGCGUUGGAGCGGUCCUCUACAACACAAGAGCGUACAAAUUAUUUGGCUUUAAUCGAUUCGGAAACAAAAACCAACUUCUCAGCGCUGUAAGUCGCAUACGGUAUCCGAGGGGAGGAACGAAGACUGGUCGGGCAUUAAGCUACGCAUACCACUAUCUGUUUCGUCGAAGUAGGAGGCGGAAGAUGUGUAUUGUCAUGACAGACGGACACUCUUACGACAGCGUAGUUGGUCCCGCACGGACCUUGCGUAAGGGAGGAGUGGAAAUCAUCUCGCUUGGCUUGGGGUUACGCUACAACAUCCGGCAGUUACGACAGAUGGCCUCCAAUCACAGACUGGUGUUUACAGCACGGUUUAGAAAUCUGAAUUCGGUUGUCAGAGUGAUCAAGAGGAAAGCUUGUGGUGCAACAGGUGUGAAACCAAAGCCACACCCUCGCCCCAAGCCUCCCGGUCCUAAUCAAGUCACGUACUUCUGGGAAGGAUGUUAUAAUGACAGACGAAGACGAGCCAUUAGAUACAGACUUGGAAACUUCCACCGAGCCAAAGACCCUGUCAUAGCAUGUGCACAAGCAGCUGCUAAGCGUCGAUUUAAGGUGUUUGCGGUGGAGAACGGUGGAGAGUGCUACUCAGGCCGUUUGGCACACAGUACGUACAAUCGCUAUGGACCUUCUAAUCGAUGUAGACGAGGCAGAGGAGGACCAUGGGCAAUGGAUGUAUACAAGUUUGGAAGACCAAAGGGUUGGACCAAUGUCCAUAUCCGAAGUAUCGGUUGCUUCAAAGACAAACCCAGACGGGCCGUGGGAAGCAUGGUAGCUAACCUGCAGGGCUUGAAGUUUGCCGUCAGAGACUGCGCGCGCCAGGCGCGAAAACGGGGUUACAGGUUAUUUGCAGUUCAAAAUGGAGGUGAAUGUUGGAUGGGUCCCAGGGCUAAGCUCACCUACAAGAAGUAUGGUACUUCUAAGCGGUGUCGAGGAGGAAAAGGAGGCCCGUGGGCUAAUAAUGUCUAUGUCAUAAUUGUCAAAGGUCGACCACCUUUGCCUCGUCCCAGGCCACGCCCCAGACCACGACCCAGGCCAUAUCCGAGACCAAGACCCGUUCCCAGACCAUCCGGUCGAGUUUGCCGAGCACGUCUUGAUUUGGCUUUCUUGAUUGACGGCUCCGGCAGCAUUGAAAACUCCGGCAAAGGCAACUUCCGUCGCUGUCUACAUUUUGUGAAGAGGAUUAUCGCUUCGUUCGCAGUGUCGCGAUCUAACACGCGAGUGGGAGUUGCUCUCUUCUCCACCCGAACAUGGCUGAUUUUCGGCUUCAACCGCUACGCAAACAGGCGGUUGGUCUACCGAGCGAUUGAUGGUAUCAGAUAUCCAUCUGGAGGAACAAGGAUAGGAAAGGCCCUGAGAUUUGUGUAUCGCAGAUUGUUCCGAACUAGUAGACGUCGAAAGGCUCUUAUUGUGCUGACAGACGGCCUGUCACAAGACUCUGUCAGGCAGCCUUCACUUGGUCUCCAAAGGUCUGGUGUUAGCACAUUCGUUGUCGCAAUCGGACGAAAAACAAGCCGAAGGCAAUUGCAUCAAAUUGCCUCAAGUUCACGUAACAUUUUCAGGAGCAGCUUCAGGAGACUUAGCAAUGUUGUAAGAAGCUUAGCGAGAAGAGUGUGCUCAAGCCGAGUGAGACCCAAGCCAAAACCAGUGAGACCGGUUAGACCACCCAGACCAAAAGUUACAACCAGAGCUGUCGCCAUAUUCCCACUUAACGGAGGUAGCAGGGGUAAAGAUAUCAGUACCCGCCGAAAUGCACGUGGAAUACUCAGUUAUGUCCGCCCCGCGCCUGGACCGGAUGGAACUCGUGACGGUUCCUACCAGUUCUAUGGAAGAAGCAACAGUUACAUCCAGUUCCCUAACCGAGGAGGCCUUGAUACCAAGAAUUCAAUCACUUUCCUUGUGUGGAUUUAUCACCAGGGCCGCGCAGGACCCAUCUUCAAUUACAUGCCCAAUGGGUGGGGUGUGCACUUUUGGAUGAUUUCGCCGAGAACGCUGUUUGUACGGUUUACGCGUCGCAGAGGACGUCGCUUCACGAAGGCGGUUCUAAGUAGGUCAGUCGUACCGAAUCGUUGGCAGUUUGUUGGCGCAACGUAUGAUCAACGAACAGGAAUAGCGAAACUAUUUGUAAAUAGAAGAUUCACAGCACAGAAGUACAUUGGGAAAAUACGUUUGGCGACCAAUUACCCAGUGAGAAUGGGAGCUCGUAUUGGUGAUGGACGAUAUUUCCGAGGACGAAUCUCCUGUAUGCAGGUUUACAAUGGUGCUUUGUCACACUGGAAAAUCAUCUCAAAGAAACGAAGGUGCUUUAGAAGAACUCCAGUAAGACCAAAACCCAAGCCACCUGGCCGAGGGUGCAACAAACGCCUCGACCUAGCGUUCUUGAUUGACGGAUCUGGAAGUAUUAAUUCUGCCGGACGCGGGAACUUUAGGCGAUGCAUUGAAUUUGUCAAGAGUGUGGUGUCUUCAUUUAAUGUGUCGCCUCGCCACACCCGUGUGGGAGUGGUCUUAUUCUCUUCCCGCGCAUGGCUAAUAUUGGACUUCUACCGUAGCAGAAGCAAAGCUGGUGUGUUGAGCACCAUUAGUCGAAUCAGAUAUCCUCGCGGAGGAACCAGGAUUGGAAAAGCUUUGAACUUCGUGCUAUAUCGAUUGUUUAGAAGAAGUCGAAGGGCACUCAAGGCCCUGGUAGUAAUGACCGAUGGCAUCUCUCAAGACUCUGUUCGGAGGCCGUCACUGGCUCUGAGAAGCCAGGGAGUAUGGGUUUACGCCCUGGGAAUCGGUCGGCGGUAUCGAAGACGAGAGCUUCAACAGAUAGCUACAAACAGUCGAUAUGUGUUCAGUGCUAACUUCAGAAGCCUCAGUCGGGUCGCUCGUCGCAUCUCAGCAAAAUUAUGCCGGGGUCGUCCACUCCGUCCCAGGCCACACCUUCCAGGUCCCCACAUAAGACCAAGCGGCAAAGUGUGUCGUAAACGUCUUGAUCUCGUCUUCCUCAUCGAUGGCUCUGGUAGCAUUGAAGCUAACGGUCGAGGAAACUUCCAGCGAUGUCUCAACUUCGUUAAACGGUUGGUGGCUUCGUUUGCCAUCUCACCAAGGCAAACUCGUGUUGGUAUCGUGCUGUUCUCUUCCCGUCCAUGGCUGAUUGCAAACUUUAGGAGCUACAGGACAAAACAGAGUGUGUUACGCGCCGUCAGUCGUAUAAGAUACCCGAGAGGUGGCACGAGAAUUGGUCGAGCGCUGAGAUUUGUCAAAAAUCGGCUAUUUGGAGGGAGAACAUACGGGCGGAAGGUUUUGGUUACAAUGACCGACGGUAUUUCACAAGAUUCCGUCGUGAGUCCAGCACGGGACCUCCGAAAUGCGGGAGUGAGAAUCCUUGCGCUAGGAAUUGGCCGGAAAUUCAGAAGAUCACAGCUAAACCAGAUGACAAUGAACUCACGAUAUGUGUUCAACAGUGGCUUCCGAAGUCUGCACCGUGUAGUCUCCUCUAUAAAGAGAGCAGCGUGCAAAGGGCGUCCAGUACGUCCCAGACCAGUACGGCCAAGACCCCCCGUGCGCCCUAGCGGUCAAGUUUGUCGCAGACGUCUUGACCUUGCCUUCCUUAUUGACGGCUCUGGUAGUAUUGAGGCUUACGGUCGAGGUAACUUUCAGCGAUGUCUCAACUUCGUCAAACAAGUAGUGGCCUCAUUCGGCAUCUCUCCGUCCCAAACUCGUGUUGGUAUCGUACUGUUCUCCAGCCGUGCAUGUUAUCAUUCUAAAUAG